CUGGAUUUGAGAACAAGAAGAAAUUUUACUACAGUAAAAUAGCUUCGUCUAGCAUAAUGAAUGUCACUUUAACUCUACCACCUCGUUCAACGUUUGUACUCAUUUUGGAAUCAAGUGUAGCCAUCAUUUUCAUGUUACUGGCCCUGAUUGGUAAUUUUACCGUAUGCUUGGCGAUUUUUCGUAAAAGGCUUUUGAGAACGGUGCCGAACUAUCUCCUGUUAAACUUGGCCUCUGCAGACAUUCUCAGUGCUGUUGUCAGUUUCCCUUUACUAGUCUCAGUUCUUAUGAGUGGUAAGUGGAUGUUUUCCGAGAGCGUUUGCCAAUUUCAGGCAUUUCAGUCUUAUAUCUCGUACUCCUGCAGUCUCUUGACUCUGACCGUUACAAGCAUUACGAGAUAUUACGCGACUGUUCACCCAUUCAAACAUAGAGGGGUAUUCAAAGUGAAAAUAGUUUUGGUAUUGAUGUUUAUCGUUUGGACCGCAUCUUGUGCGUUUGCCGCCAUGCCACUUCUCGGAUUGGGACGAUAUCAGUUUGAGGUUUCCUACGCUCUCUGCAUUCACGAUCACAAUGCCAGUUCAUCGUACAACACGUUUUCGUUCACCUUUUUGAUGGUGAACUCAACAGUUAUUGUGACUUGUUAUUCAAGAAUAUUCAAAGCUAUGAAAACGAGAAAUCGCAGAAUCCAUCGGUUGUUUGCCCAAGGUUCGACAUCAAGGCAAUUGGAAGUGAUAAACGCGCAAGAAGCAAAAUUGACAAACACAAUCUUUUUCGUAAUUUGUCUAUUUUCCCUAUGCUACAUUCCAACAAUCGUGCUGGGAUUUUUAAUGUUUGUGGCCAUAAAAGUAUCGCGCUUUGCCCGAAUGCUGUCGACAUUUUCAGUGGGAUUCACCUCCGUGGUAAAUCCAAUUGUCUAUUGGGUGCGCAGCAAAGCUUUUCGCAAAGCUGUAAUCGGGAUUUUUAGAAAAAAUAGUGUGUCCGAGCGAAAUUCACUUCGAAUGGACGUGGGUGAGAUCACCAGAUGUUCCAACCCAGCAGAGCUUGUAAAGGUUUCAAGAGAUGAUGAAACCGUGAGGAAAAGAAGAACAACUACAAUUACUUUACCAGAGGUCAUUACACAUGUAUGAUAUUGUUAUUCAUGUAGAGGCAAACGAACAUGGAAGC